AUGGCCGCCUCACCAUCGCAAACAGCUGCAAUCAUCGUGGGAGGAAGCCUUGUUGGACUUUGUUCCGCGAUCUUUCUGCGUACAAAGAAUGUCCCUGUCAUUUUGAUUGAGCGUCACCUUGGGAGCUCGCUUCACCCUCGUGCGAUGGGUUUCACGGUUCGUACUUUGGAAACUUUCCGUGAAGUCGAUUUGGAACGACGAAUGCCAAAAGCUGCAGUAAAGGAGAGCGGCAGACCUCGCCGUAUGAAUGUUGAAAGCCUGUCGGGAAAAUGGAAUGAGGAGGUCGCUUGGACAAAGCCUACGAAUUCGGGGGAAGGAAAACAAGAAAAGGCGAAGCAACAGUCCGAGCCACCGUCAAAAGGCUCUGCCGGGGGACAUAUAAAUCUUUUUGGGGAGACCGAAUACUCUCCAUGCCACGGAAGCGCUGUUGCCCAGGACGCUCUUGAGCCUGUUCUUCGGAGUCGAGCACUUGAACUUGGCGCUGAUAUACGCAUGGGAUGGGAAAUGACUCAAUGGAAAGAGGACUCUGACGGUGUUAUCGUCACCGCAGUGGAUCGUUCGGGUUUCGACAAGAUUGAAAUUCGUGGACGGUACUUGAUCGCCUGCGACGGAUCACGUAGCUCGAUUCGUAAUGAUCUCGGCAUUCAGAUGAAGGGCGUUGGGCAGUUGCGUACUAUGCGUAGUAUUCUUUUUCGGUGUUCAGUAAUUAACAAGUUUCUUGAUAUUGGUAUAUCUCAAUGGAUGAUUCAUAACGACACCAUGGAUGGAUUCCUGACAACCUAUCGUGAUGGAAGGUGGGCUCUGAUGGUUUUUCUAAAAGACGGGCAGUCCCAACUCACUUGGGAUAUUGACACUCAACGCCGCAUGAUCCGCCUGGCCGUUGGCGAAAAUCUACCGCUUUCCGAUGAAGAUAUAGACUUGAUCACCACAGGCCAGUGGGAUCUCAGUGCAGAGGUAGCGGAAAAGUUCUCACAAGGCCGUGUCUUCCUUGCUGGUGAUGCCGCACACACGCUGCCUCCUACGCGGGGUGGAUAUGGUGCAAAUACAGGAAUUGCUGAUACCCACAAUUUGGCCUGGAAGAUUGCUGCUGUGCUGGAGGGACAUGCAAACCCAUCUUUACUGGACACAUACAAUGCUGAACGCCGCCCUAUCGCACUACUGCGUCAUGAACAAACUUUCUUACGUGACGACUACAAGCAAUAUCUCCCAGCCGAGUCUCCUUGGCGAGAAUCGCCAAGGCCCAUCUUUGAUGACAUUGCCAUGGAGCUGGGACAAAUCUAUAGAUCUGAUGCUGUUCUCUUAGAUGAGACAGAUCAGGCCCUAUUAGCGGAUGAACUCGAGACGGGCAUGAUUGCGAAGCGACCGGAAGUUUGGCGUGGAUGUCCGGGGAGCCGUGCACCACACAUAUGGCUGCUUGGUCAGGAUGGCGAGAGAAUUUCGACUCUUGACCUAUUCGGAAGUGGGUGGGUGGUCCUGUCGGAGGAUGAGGCCACGUCGAACACGAUUAUAACCGAGUCUCUCGCCACAUUAAAGGUACCUUUAGGAAUAAAAUACGUCAGGAUCGGCGCGACCGGCUCCUAUCGCCCAGAGUUAGACUCUGCUUCUUUUGCAGAGACUUUUGGUAUCGGACAUCAUGGCUUGGUGUUGGUUAGACCGGAUGGUUACAUAGCCUGGAGAGCCGUAGAGACACCGACUGUUAAAGAAUUUGUGGAAGCGCUUUUAAAGGUUUCCCACACUGUUGAAGUCUGA